CGAAGAUCGCGGCUAGUGAGUAGUGCUUGCAUUCAAGGAGUACAGUGUCAUUUCUGUGGACAGUUUUUAGAAUUUUAAGAUCGAUUAAUACCAUUCGGAUUGCGUUUUCAUCAUCUUGUCGUUAGUAAAGCAAUAUCGUCGCGUCGUCGAAUCUCGAAAUAUGUGCGUAUGCGCGUUCGCGGCGUGAAAAUUAUCAAAUUCGUCGGCUUGCUCCAAACAGUUAAAACGGGACUAAAAUAUUAGGAUUUCGUGAUAGAAACGGAACAUAGGUUAUAUGUCGGUAACGUAUCCUCUUACUCGAUCGCUCGGACAAGGCGGACGUACGGACGGAGUCCCGUAAUCCUGAAUGGCCGCCGCUACCGCUUUCUAGGUUACUGACGGACAUCCAAAGAGAGCGACAGAGAAGGAGCGAUUGAAAUAGAGAGAAAGAGCAGGCACUAGAGUGAAAGAGUAUACGUGCACACGAGUGGGAUAGAGAGUGAAAGAGUGAGAGAUAGAUAGGAAAGACAGUGUAAUAGAAAGAGUAAACGAGAGGGAACGUCGUGUAGAGAGGAAAGAAUAGAAUAGUCGCAAAGAGAAGAGAAGAAAAGGGUUGAGAAGAAAGGGAAGGGACGGGAAGGGAAGGCAGGGGAAAAAAGCAAAAAGAAAAGAAAAGAAGAAAUGGGAAGCGAAGAGAAAGAAAAAUAGCGAGCUAUCGCGCGCAUUCACAACUUUAAACGCAAUCACCGAUGUGUGACCUCCGAGAUAUCCGAUCAUCACCGUUUUUCGAGUGUACUUUCCGUAUUCGCCACCGAUUUCGGAUCGGAGACUCGUUGCAUGUGGCAGACGAAGCUUGAAUCGCUGGUGCUGCUACUGUCGCUGGUGCUGCUACCACCGCCGCCGUCACCGCCACCGCCGCUUCCACCGCUGUCCUCGUCAAGCACCUCAACUUCAACGCCGAGACUUUUACCUUAGAUAAACGCGUGCUGCUUUCGUACUCGUACGCGUGUAUAUGCAUCUCGACGUGUACGUAUCUUAACGGACUAGUGAUCCCAGAACGUGUUGCGUCCUAGCUAGCAAUACAAGUGGGUGUGGGUUUCGUUCGUAUGACUGGCGUGUAUGCAUGCGCGUGUGUCGCGUCUAUGUGCCGUGCCGUAUGUAAUUGCGCUCGCGCGCACUAUGGCCAUAUACGAUCGCUCGUUUGUGUGUACAUUCGUGUAAGGAUGGCGUAAGGGGAGAGGGUGCAUCGUCGAAGCGUUGGAGGGUUUGAGGCAGUAAAACUGGCUGGCCUACAAUGUCCGCUAGUAUGCGGAGCACUUUGCAAACUGUUCCAGAAUCAGUGCCGGCCGACCACGUCACAAACUCCAAAACAGGGGAUGGCGUGGGAGUGUCGAGUAGCGGUGGUCGACUCUCUUCUCGAAGUCGAACCUCGGAGGAACCCCACAUCGGCAAGUACAAAUUACUUAAAACAAUUGGCAAAGGUAACUUUGCCAAGGUAAAACUUGCCAAACAUGUACCUACCGGAAAAGAAGUGGCUAUCAAAAUUAUUGACAAGACUCAACUAAAUCCCGGUAGCCUUCAAAAAUUGUUCCGAGAAGUAAGAAUAAUGAAGAUGCUCGAUCAUCCGAACAUAGUGAAGCUUUUCCAAGUGAUCGAGACUGAGAAAACAUUGUACCUGGUAAUGGAAUACGCCAGUGGUGGCGAAGUUUUUGACUACUUGGUCCUACAUGGUCGAAUGAAAGAAAAGGAGGCUAGAGCAAAGUUCCGGCAAAUUGUCUCUGCUGUGCAAUACUGCCAUCAAAAAAAGAUCAUCCAUAGGGAUUUAAAGGCUGAAAAUUUACUACUCGAUAGCGAGAUGAACAUCAAAAUCGCUGAUUUUGGUUUCAGCAAUGAAUUCACACCAGGCAACAAGUUGGAUACUUUCUGCGGAUCACCUCCUUAUGCAGCACCUGAGCUUUUUCAAGGUAAAAAGUAUGACGGACCCGAAGUAGAUGUCUGGUCGUUGGGAGUAAUAUUAUACACUUUAGUGUCUGGAUCACUGCCCUUCGACGGUUCGACACUGAGAGAAUUGAGGGAACGAGUAUUACGGGGAAAAUAUCGAAUUCCAUUUUACAUGUCCACGGAUUGUGAAAAUCUUUUGAAAAAGUUUUUGGUGCUUAACCCGACAAAACGGGCAUCUUUAGAGACUAUUAUGAAGGAUAAAUGGAUGAACAUGGGAUAUGAUGACGACGAAUUGAAACCGUACUUAGAACCUGAACCUGAUUAUAAAGACCACAAGAGGAUAGGUGAGUCUGCCAAGGCCCUGGCUAGUAUGGGGUAUACAAGAAGUGAAAUAGAAGAUUCCUUAGGACAAGCAAAGUACGAUGACGUGUUCGCCACGUACUUACUCUUAGGAAGAAAGACAACUGAUCCUGAAUCAGAUGGCUCGCGGUCAGGCAGUUCGUUGUCACUACGCAACAUUCCACCGCAAGCUGGUUCAGGUGGUGGUGGAAGUGGAGGUGGAGGAGGAAGUGGAGGAGGCACUGGUGGUGCUGUGCAGAGUCCAUCGCAUAGAGGUGUUCACAGAAGUAUCUCUGCUAGCAAUCCAAAACCGAGUAGACGAGUUUCAUCCGGUCUCGAAACGCUUCGAGCAGCGCCGAGCCCAGGAAAUGCAACGAACCAUAAUCACGCAACUCCUACGACUGGUGGAACUGUAACUGGAAACACUGGUAGUAAUUUUAAGAGACAAAAUACUGUGGAUGCGGCCACGAUCAAAGAGAAUACUGCUCGCGUUUCUGCGAGCCGACCUUCGGCUCCUAAAAACAGUCCUGGCCAAUUAGAUACUAUGACAAUGUUCAUUCUAGGCGUGGGUACAAGUCCCGGUGGUAGAGCAUGGGCAGGAAAGAGCAACACAAUGAAUGCAGGGGUAGGUAGUGGUCGGCCUCUUACUUCACCUGCCCCUGGUUCUGUUGGUCGACGUAGUACCAUCUCUUAUGAUCAAGCGAAAACGUCCUCUUCAUCUACCGAAAGAACCAACGAUACACCCAGCCUUGGCGAGGGCACUAGACCAACACGGGGUCACACCAAGUCUGCGAGCAUCAGCGCAGGUCACCGUUCCUCAAGUGGCGUAGCUCCCAGCGACCAUUCACUACUGGACCCUCAACCACGCAACGCCCACAACUCCUUACUCGCCACUGCUGACCCUCUUAGACAGAGCUUGGGUGUGUCUCCAAGUAAUAGACUGGCAACACCUACAACACCAGCAUUUCCUCGAAAUGUUCCAAGCCGUAGUACGUUUCAUUCUGGUCAGAAUAGAGCUCAGCGAAAUCAUACUCAGGGUCACACGCAUACACAGGACACAAAUGCAAUUAGUCCACUAGCGAGACCGUCCUUCUUCUCCAAAUUGUCCUCAAGAUUCUCCAAACGCCCCAUGGACCCAUCCGUACCUCCCAAGCACCCAGUAGUGAGUGGUGCAACUACUAACGAUGAGCAAGUUAAGCCACGCAGUCUACGUUUCACUUGGAGUAUGAAAACUACGAGUAGUCGAGAUCCAAACGAAAUUAUGUCCGAAAUUCGAAAGGUAUUGGAUGCCAAUAAAUGUCAGUACGAACAACGUGAAAGGUUUCUGCUGCUAUGUGCGCAUGGUGACGCAGCGACAGAUAGCCAAGUACAAUGGGAAAUCGAAGUUUGCAAACUGCCACGACUUUCUUUGAACGGAGUACGUUUCAAACGGAUCUCAGGCACUUCAAUUGGCUUCAAAAAUAUUGCUAGCAAGAUAGCAAAUGAGCUCAAGCUGUGACUGCCGACAACAGGCGCCCUAUCCACCCGCGCCAAUCCAUAACGUUCUCAUGAUCGAUGACACGGAUUCACAGUUACCGACAACUUUCAUUUUUCCUUCUUCUGGACUUUGACCUUCUCGAUGAUAUCAAUACCGAUACAGAUAUCGAUACCGAUACCGAUACCGAUACCGAUACCGAUACCAAUACCGAUACCGAUACCAAUACCAAUACCAAUACCAAUAUCCAUACAUAUACCUAUACACAUACCAAUAAUGAUUCCGAUUCUGGUUCUAGUUCCAAUCUUCAUUCCGAAACCAAUACACGAGAGAUAUUCGUUUAAAACAAUUCUCUCUAUCCCGUCCCAGUUGAACAGCGAAAGUAACGUCGGCAGAAUCGAACUUUCACCGAUCAUCGAUCAUCGAUCUUUGAUUUAUCAAGCAUUACAUCAUCCCGUUACUUAUUCGGAAGCCUCGAAAAAACUGUGAUCCGUGACCGUUGAACGCGCGCAUAUUCAAAUACUCCCGAGUGCCAAAACAAAAUCAAGCAGUCGGUUUUUCGUGAAAUCGUCUAGAUAUGGAAUAAUACAAUGGGAAGAUUGGGAGUGAAUGAAGAAGGUGGUGCUGAUCGGACAGAAACGUGAAAAAAUUCAAAUGAGAUUCCACAGAAGGAAGAAAAGAGAAGAGGCUAAAAGAAGAAGAAAAAAAAAAGAUAAUACGAAAAGAUACGAAUUGAUCGUAUCGCGCGACAAAUUGUUAUCGGUCGAUAUGAUCGAUCUCUAAUAAUUUAACAUUCUUCUUAUCGAUACGCAAAAAAAAAACGAUGUUUGAAAUCUUCUCGAUAUCGAGAAUAUCAUUCGCGUCGUCGUAUCAAUUGUCGAAUUAUGCUCAUUUUCUGUACUCUCUCAAUCACGCCGAAACGGUUGCUAUCAACUUAAAUACUACGCGUUUACAGUAUUAUAUAUUCCAAGCAAUUUUCUUGAUGUUAUAACACGGUUAUCUCCGGUGAAAUUGACAAAAUUAUUAUUUUUUAGUUAUUUAAGCCAAUCUUAUAUUCGCGUCUUCUACAUAAUUAUAUUUGAUCUUUUUUUAUUUUAUUAAUUUCUCUUUCCUUUUACAAAAUUUCUAAUUUCUCUCUCACAAAAAAUAUUGUUUUAUUUUAAUUGUGCCUAAUAAUGCGUAUCAAUAAAGUAUAAACUUUCUUCUAAUGAGCGAGGAAAGGGAUAUAGAACCUGUUGGCAAGAGUGGAAGGAAAGACGAGAUGAGUGGAAAAUAGUGUACAUGAAUAAAAGCUCUUUAAAAAUAAAGAUAUUUAUAAGUGGGGCGUUCGAUCGAAUGCAUUAUGCAUUCUAUGUCAAGAGUCUUUCUUUUCGCAACGUUAAUUUUUCAAAUUACGUUUUUUAUAUACAUAUAUAAGGGGCACUCAAGUAAACAAGUGAUCUGUUUGUACAUAAUCAAUCAAAUUAUUCGAAAAAAGUGUAAAGGAAUAUAUAGGAAUAUAACUUCUAUCUGUAAUGAAAACAUCUUUAUACAUUUGUCAUUCGUUGAAUAU